GUCAUUUCAAAGUAUAGAAAUAUUUAAUUUAGUAAUUAAGAAAUGCAUUUCCAACUUGGACAUGUGUUUACCACUACCGGCUUUAGCAUUUGAAACUACCAAACAUGGCGGAGAUGGAAGAGCCGAUGGUGGUGGACGGAGUCGGCGGGGGGAGCUGUGAAUGGGAAGGCCGAUGGAAUCACGUCACAAAGUUCCUGGAGAGAUCAGGGCCAUUCACACAUCCCGACUUUGAGCCCAGCACAGAGUGUUUGCAGUUUUUGUUAGAAACCUGUAAGAUCCUGGUCAUUGGUGCUGGUGGACUGGGAUGUGAGCUACUGAAAGACCUGGCUUUAUCAGGCUUCCGAAACAUUGAUGUAGUGGACAUGGACACAAUAGAUGUUUCCAACCUGAAUCGUCAGUUCCUUUUCAGAUCAAAAGAUGUAGGCCGACCCAAGGCAGAUGUGGCAGCAGAUUUUAUCAACAGCCGAAUCCCAGGGUGCCGGGUGGUACCACAUUUUAAGAAAAUUCAAGAUUUAGAUGAAACGUUCUACAGGCGAUUCCACAUUAUUGUCUGUGGGCUUGACUCUAUCGUUGCCAGGAGGUGGAUGAACGGUAUGCUGAUAUCUUUGCUGGUAUACGAGGAUGGUGAAGUGGAUCAAACAUCUAUUAUUCCACUUGUUGAUGGUGGGACAGAAGGCUUUAAAGGCAACGCCAGGGUCAUUCUCCCAGGCUUAACUGCCUGCAUUGACUGUACCCUUGAACUUUACCCUCCCCAGAUUAACUUCCCCAUGUGCACAAUAGCAACAAUGCCUCGGUUGCCAGAGCAUUGUAUUGAAUAUGUACGGAUACUGCUGUGGCCCAAGGAGAUGCCGUUUGGAGAUGCUAUAGCCUUGGACGGAGAUGACCCCGAGCACAUCCAGUGGGUGUUCCAGAGAUCUCUGGAGAGAGCUGCAGAGUUCAGCAUAACUGGAGUCACAUACAGACUUACACAGGGUGUUGUGAAACGCAUAAUUCCUGCUGUAGCAUCUACAAACGCUGUCAUUGCUGCUGCUUGUGCAACUGAGGUUUUUAAGUUGGCAACAAGCGCCUAUGUACCUCUUUGCAAUUAUAUGGUGUUCAAUGAUGUGGAUGGCUUAUACACGUACACUUUUGAGGCAGAACGGAAGGAAAACUGUUCAGCCUGCAGCCAGAUUCCUCAGGAUCUAGGCUUUUCUCCAUCUUCCACCCUGCAGGAGGUUCUGAACUACCUGACAGAGAGUGUCUCCCUGCAAAUGAAAUCACCUGCUAUAACAGCAAAGGUUGAAGGAAAGAGCAAAACUUUAUAUCUGCAGUCCGUUGCCUCAAUCGAACAAAGGACAAGACCAAAUCUUUCCAAAACCUUGAGAGAUCUGGGCCUAAAAGACGGACAAGAACUGGCUGUGGCUGAUGUCACCAGUCCCCAAACCAUGCUGUUCCGACUCUGCUUUACCUCAUAAAACUAUUUCAAGCUAUUUCAAUACAGAACAGUUUACUGCACGUUCAGUCAAAUUUUCAUCAGGUGUAAUUAAUGUUCUACUGGUAAAAUGUAUAUAUUGACAAAAGUGGACGUUUUGCACAGGAAAGCCAAAUUGCUGUCUACAUCUUGUCAUUUUUGAUUGUUUCGUUUUUUUGUUUGUUUUUGUUAAUAUCUGACAUUUAAAUAAUUGUAGUUUGGUUUGGGCAAAUAAGAAUAUUCUUUAAAUGCUUUGAUUGUACUUAUUUAUUUCCUAGUUUUUUUCAAUUUACAUUGCCUAUGCAGCGGUAUGAAGAUGUUUGAGUUGGAAUAAAAUGGUUUGUCUUAUAUCAUG